AUGGACCAGUCCCUUCUCGGCGAUGACGUGGUGGCGUCCUCUACAGCGGCUGCCGGAGCUCCCAGGGCUCCUACACGGCCACCCGGCGGAGCCCCCGGGCCUUCGUCCACGUCCUCCGGUGCCCUCGCUGCGUGCCGGCUCGAGGACCGGGUUGCCUCCGCUCUUCUGGCGACCAGCUCCCGGGAGUCACCGGUCGCUGGUGCUAAGAACCGGCGUACAGUGGGAUUCCCGUGUGGCCUGGCACUGGCGGAGGGGACCCUUCUCCGUCGGUCCCUGGUCACGCGCGGUGUCCCGGAACCCGCCUUGACCACCGCUCGGAGAGCCGGCCCGCGUCCUCGGCCGCCCGCAGGAGGUUUCUCCGGGAGGCAGUCCGACGGAACUCAGCCGGGCCCGCUUCAGCUGCCCCGCAGCCGCUGGCAUCCACCGCACCGCUGA